AUGCCUCAUAAUCACUCUAAUGGAACAGUACAAUUACAAUGACAACCCAAAAGAGAAAGGACUCUCAAACCACAAAGAAAUCACAGCCUUUGGAUUUCAUUUCUGGUUCUUGGAUUGCAGCAAUGCAUUGGAUAUCUUAAUUUUCGUAGGCUUAAAACGUGGACCCAAAACUUAAUCCCAGUUUUCACUUAAAUAGGAGAGAGAAAAACACUUGUUUGCAUUUCCUUCCAACCAGGUCUUCUUGCUUCUCUGAAUGGUAUGUGCUCUGUUUUUUAGUGAAUUCUUAGAAUGCUGCAAUGUUCAUGAUGAAUUUAUAGUAUGUUUCAACAGGUUAAACAAUAACCUUUUGCUUGAUUUCAUCAUGGGUCUCUGGGAUCUCUUUGUUACUGCAUCAGUCCCAAUCCUUAAUGUUCUUCUGGUUGCGAUUGUUGGAGCAUUCUUGGCAACAAAUCACAUCGGAAUCCUUGGGGAGGAGACAAGGAAGCAUUUAAACAAUGUUGUGUUUUAUGCAUUUAAUCCAGCUCUCGAAGCAACAAAUAUGGCUCGAACUAUCACAAUGGAGAGCAUGGCUUUACUGUGGUUCAUGCCACUCAAUCUUCUCCUCAACUUCAUUAUCGGCUCCAUGCUUGCAUGGAUUCUUAUUCAUAUUGCAAAAGCUCCGACAAGACUAAGAGCUGUUAUCUUUGCUACUUGUUCAGCUGGAAACGUCGGAAAUUUGCUGCUUGUUUUGAUUCCUGCAAUGUGUAAAGAGAAAGGAAGCACACUAGGACCUCCUGAUGUUUGCCAUAACUAUGCAUUAGCUUAUGCUUGUCUCUCUAUGGCAACAUGCACAGUUCUGCAAUGGUCUUAUGUGUUCAACAUUGUCCGGAUUUCUUCAACCUCCAUAAAACACAAAAUGAAUCAUGAGCAUGCACUUGAAGAGAACAUAAGCUUGCUUCCAAAGAGUUGCACAAAUGAGAUGGUAAUACCAUUGAACAAGUUUGAAAGGCUUUUGAUGAAAUUCUCGCGUGCAAUUGACCUGAAGAAAUUGUUUGCGCCAUCAACCAUUGGAGUGAUAAUUGGAUUUAUCAUAGGAGUGGUGCCACAAAUUCGAAAAGCAAUGAUUGGUGAAAAUGCACCUCUUCGUCCGAUUCAUGAUUCUGCUACUUUACUGGGCAAAGGAGCAAUUCCAAGUCUUAUUCUGAUGAUGGGAGGGAAUCUUACCAAAGGUUUACGAGGUUCAGAAAUCAAAUUUUCGCUCAUAAUCGGUGUCUUGUUGAUUCGUUACAUGGCUUUGCCAUUGUUAGGCAUAGCCAUUGUGAAAGGAGCAAUUCAUCUCGGUAUUGUGCACUCCGAUCCUUUGUAUCAGUUCACCCUUCUGAUGCAGUAUGCUGUUCCACCUGCCAUGAACAUCACAUCUAUGAUUCAAAUGUUUGAUGCUGGCGUGGGCGAAUUGGCUGUGAUAUUUCUUUGGGCAUAUGCAGUGGCUGCAGUGACACUCACUUUAUGGUCCACACUAUUUCUUUGGCUUGUAUCAUGAUACUCUCUUUUUUUGUCUUAGUAUUAUUAUAUUAGUGUGUGCUUGGAUUGAGGGAAAGGAAAAAAAAUUGCUGAUUAAUUUCCCAUUUUAUUCUCUCUUAUUUCAAUCCAAACACGCACUUUAUUACAGUAAUGAAAAGAUGAUUACUAGCUUUAGUUCUUAAGCUCUCCAAGUUGGAGAAAUCAGACUACAGU